AUGGAGGUGGAGAAGUCUCUCGUGGAACAGGACGAAGGCAUGAGGGAAGGUCAGAACACAUCGAGCGAGUCCUCCACCCGUGGAACACACUUGUUCCUGUUUGAAAAUUUCAAGAUGCUUGUCUUUGAAGGAGGCAGACAUUUCAACACCCUUGGGAAAGAGGAGAAGAGUGCUGGACUCCUCCCUAGUCUCCUCAAUCUUCCCCACGACCAAAGGCAGAACUUGGGGACUCUGAAAGGUGGUUGUCCUAGCAAAACCACUGGAACAACUGACGGGAGGGGCGGAUUAGAAUUUGAAGACAAACUAGACGCACGGAAGAAAGGCAGCUUCAAGAGUCUAGGAGGAGACAUCGAGAUCCGGCUUCUUGUGGCCUCCCCGGGCAGGGGCUGGACCGAGGUCCCCGCGCGCUCAGCCAACCACGGGCUGGAGGAAGAGCUGAGCCUGCGCAGUGGCCAGAGCGCCGAGGCCCUCGCGGGCCCGAAAGGCGUCUAGUUACCAUGGAGACGGCGUCGCUAUCGUGGAUGUGACGUGUUUCUGGUGCUUCAGUCAUUGUGGCCCGGCUGGAAACAAGGCUUCCUCACAGGCCAAGGUAGGUGGGGGUGGGGAAAGGAGAUCUACUAUCUACUUCCGCCGGAAAGGCUGGAGCCCAGCGGCCGGCGGCCCAAGCUUGUGUUGCUACGCCGCCGGGAGCUCCGUGCAUUAAGGAAAGGCCCUGUGCAGUGUGCCAUGGCUUUUGAACCCAUCCCUCGAAAGGAUUGGUACAGUGUUCUGGGUGCAGAGCCAUCAGCCAGCAUGAAAGACCUGAAACAGAAAUACCAAAAGCUCAUUUUAAUGUAUCAUCCAGACAAACAGAGCACAGAUGUGCCAGCAGGAGCUGUGGAAGAGUGUGUGCAGAGGUUCAUUGAAAUUGAUCAGGCGUGGAAAAUUCUAGGAAACGAAGAGACCAAAAAAGCGUAUGACCUGCAGCGGCGCGAAGAUGAUCUAAGAACUGUGGGACCAGUAGAUGAUCAAAUAUAUCUUGAAGACAUGUUAUGGAAUAAAGAUGAUCAGUGUUUUACUCUCAGUUGCCGAUGUGGUGGAAAAUACUGUGUUUCCAAGGAUGAAGCUCAAGAAGUUAACCUGAUCUGUUGUGAUACAUGUUCGCUAAUUAUAGAAAUUGUUCAGCACAGCUGAGAUUUUUCAGUACAUGGAACUGUAAAACUCUUAUGUUCAGUCACGUUGGGGAGGCAGAGGCUUUGUCCGUUGGAGAAAACAUCGAUUUCAAGUAGAGCUGAGAAAAGAAGUGGGAGUCCUUUUGUCCAUUGGAAAUGCUGCUGAAAAACGUCAACUCAAAUACUGUUUUCAGACUUUGCCAAGAAAAUGUAAAAUUGGCAAGCAGAGCCCACUGCCUGUAUUAACAAAACAUGAAUUUAGUUACUUGGUGAAUUCCCAUAGUUAGAGUGUUGGUGCCUCAUUUUGUUGUCUCUUCUCCAUGAGUGGGAAAUGUUUUCUUCCAAGAGCACAGAAAGAAAGGGAAGCAGUGGGUCUCAGCGAGUCUCAUAGUUGGGGCUUUGCUCCGUGAAUCCUCCUGUACCACUGAUCUAGAACUUCCCUCUCCUUAACUCACAAGGCAAUUAUAGGGAUUAAUGAAGUGGAACCAGACAUCCUCCUAGGGGAAGCUCUAUAUUCUUUGCAUAGAAACAUUUUGUAAAUACAACUUGACCCCAGUUGUCUCUGAUUUUGAAGAUCUGAUUAAUGAAGCAGCAUAGUGUGGUAGAAGGGACACUAGACUCAAUCAUAAGACCAUAGUCCACUUUUACAAGAUCUGUGGCCAGUUAGUUACUGUCUUUGAGCCUGUUUCCUUAUUUGUAAAGGGCUUAGCAUUAGCACAGUGCUUGGCUCACAGUAAGCUUUCUAAUGUGGAUGCUUAUUCCCUUCCAGUCCCCAUAUGGACAAUACCAUCUACCUUACCUACAAAAGUGGUGGGUUUGUUUUGCUUUUUUAAGAUUAAAUGAGACAAAGUAUGUGAAAGAACUUUUAAAACUGCAAAUCACUUUAUAAAUAUGAGGUAUUUUAUUAAUAAUAUCUAUCCCUCCCAUGCUGGAAAAAAGAAAUCGGCAUAAGCUGCAAUGUAGGCAAUUUGGGUUAGUUAUAAGAAUAGAACGAGAUCCUAACUAUAUAUAAAGUUAAGCAAAGGGUCUGUUGCUUGCUUUUUCUCUUCCUUAGGGUGGGGAAACAAUCAUCUGUAGUUAGGAACAGAGCACGGCUUUAUAACGGGAUGGUAUAGAGAUGUCCAAUCGUGCAAUUUAGGUAAUGACUAUUUAUGGCUUCCAUAAAUCAUUUUAAAUGGGAUUUUUAAAAAAAUUAUAAAAACAUAGCAUUCCUGACGAUUUCUGAAUUUGGAAUACAAUGUUAUUGGUAUCUUGAAACCAAUAUUUUCCUCUCCUAUUUCUUACUUUAUAAUUGUAAAUUUCAUAGAUGUCACCGUAACCAUUAAACAGUUUUGUAUUUCUCUCUAUUUAGUGUUCUGUGUGUAACACAGGUCAGAUCUCAUUUUGGAGAAUCCCAAAGGAUUGCUGAAAUUCUUUUGUUCUUUUUGUUGAGUAAAUGGGCCAAACCUGGAACUUGGCAAUCUUUAUUAUGGAAGUUUCUGUUGUAGCCAGAUUUGACCUGUAAUUAAAAAUAAAUGGUCACCACCCUCAUGGUUAGUGUAGCCAAACCAAAGCAUAAUUGAGAAGGAAGAAUAGAAUUUCUUUGGCUGAGUCUAUAAAACACAAAGUCCAACUGAAAGUAAAAGAACUAAGUCAGUGAUCCAAAUAUCUAGCUAUUUAGGUCAUACAAAAUACCAGGAUAGUGUUAAUCUUUUCUUCUUUUAAAUCUACAAUUUUUACUUUUGGGGCAGGGAGGGGUGGGGUGGAAGAGAAACAAGAGUGUGCAUUGUGUGUGUAAAACUUCAGUAAUAGAAUGGACUCCCUUCUGUUUCACUCCUAUUUGAAAAUAAAAUUCAGUAUCAAAUAUUUUAUUUAUAAAUACAUGGUUCCAGUGACUUAGUAAAAAUAUUUCUCGAAGAACACGAUGCUGUAAUGAAAUGAUUUGGUUGGCUAAAUGCUGAUUACUCAUCAGAAAAUCUGUGGCCAUUGGGACUGUCACGUAGAAGUCCAAAAUCAUUCAGAGGCCAAAUCUGUAAAAAUGGAAUACAGUUCAAAAUAGUUAACAGUAUACUUUUCUACGAUGUUAAAGAAAUAUAUUACAUAUUUUCGUUCACUAUUUUUCUUGUAUCCUACCACCAAAUCUGUUUUUGCCUCAUUUUUUCCAUCAAAAAAUAAAAGUUAUAUUGAUAAUC